AUGCCUUCGUCUACACACACGGACAAGAGCAACGCUGACAUCUCUUUGUUGUCCAAACACUCCGACGAGGACGAGGAGUACACCACGCCGCCGCUACAGCCUCCAUCGUCGCCGAUCAAGUUCUUUGUGUCUCCGGAUCAGCGAACACGGUUGAAGGAAGCUCAGAAGACCUCGAAUACCUCUUUUUCCACUGUCAAUUCUACACACUCGAGGCCGAUCGGGCGGUCCAGCACGGCGUCGGCACUCCAGACCUUGUGGGUGGGGCAGAAUACUCAACAUAAAGCGUCUUCAGUGUCUCAUUACGAUGGCCAGCUGGGUCUUUCUAACUCUGUAAUGCCCAAGUAUUCAGCGCUAGAGCAGUCUCAAUUAGAACCUUUGAACAGGUUCGUUAACACUUUAACCGACUAUCUUCUUCUUUCAGGCAUCGAGGAGAGCUGUCUUUGCACGAGAAGUACCGCUAUGACCUCAGUCGAGCACAACUCAAAGCUUCGUCGAGGACGUCUGCUCUGCUUUCUGGGUUUGCUAUGGUAAGUAUGGUUAUUUGUGGUUGAAAGGAACUGUAAGAUGAUUGAUUUUAUAUAAUAUAGGCAUAAACUAUGUUUAAAAUUAGUUGAAGAUAGUAAAGUUGGUAUUGUUUUUGUUUCAGGUGGCUUUAGUCGAAUUACAAUACGAAGCCGACACUCCGAAACCAUUACUAAUCAUAUUAGGCGUGGUGACCACACUUCUAGUCUCAGUUCACUUGCUAGCUCUCAUGAUCUCAACAUGUUUAUUGCCUUAUAUCGAAGCGUCGGGUUGUACACAAGAUUCACCUCAUAUCAGAUUAAGGUAAGCAUUGUACUAUAUUUGACAAUUCUUGGUUUUCAAAAGUGAAAGUAUUAAAAUCUUUUAAUUGGUUUUAAAUUUACGAAAGAGUUACUACCUUUAUGAGAAUAUAAAUCGUAAAAUUGCAGCCCGUACAUAGAAUUAGCUUGGAUCUUCUCAACAUGUAUAGGAUUACUAUUGUUUUUGGUGGAAAUUGGAGUAAUAUUCUACGUCAAGUUCAACGGUGUAAAGUAUAAUACCGCGGCUUACAUUACGACGGCUAUGUUAAGUAAGUUACCUCUUAAUUAAUUAUGUAUAGAUGCCUAAAUACUAUAUUGUUGACUGUUACACUAUCUUACCGAAUGUUUUUGUAAAUAUAGACUAACUUAAAGCGUGUUACUUCUGCUAUAUAUAAUUAUACAUUCGUCUAAAGGCAUAAAGGUUUAAUCAGCCCAUUCCAGUCCCAGUAUUAAUAAUAUUUGUGGUACUAUCGUGGCUGAUUCACCGGAAUCGGUUCAGCCACUCGAUGGAGAGGGUCAACGACAAAGUGAUAGACCUCGAGAAGUUUCUCGACGAGAAUACGGCUACAGUAAACGCCAAGAACGGUGACAAUCGCGCAAUCUACACGACCAGUCAAGCUUGA